UCCCGUUUGGAGGCUGAAUACGAAUCCAUCUUAGAGCCGGGUGAAAACUACACCGAUCUAAUAGAUUCACUGUCUCCGAGCUGCUCUGACGUCAUCAAGUCGUGUCAGCUGGCCACGAUCGCCGUGCCUGGCGAGGAAUGCUGCCAAAAAUACUUCACCGCCGUCUACACAAUUCGCGGAAAGUGCUUCCAGAUGGCAGAUUUCACCCAGGAAGACGACGGGAAGCAGCACGGUCUGCUCUUCACUCUCUCCCUUCCUCCUGCCGAGUUCCCCAGCCUGGACCGGUCGCUAGUCGGCGGCUGCCUCAACACACGACUCGGUAUGGAAAUCCUGCUGGACGACCCGCAUCGGCUACCGCAUGUGCGAGUCUAUACACACUCGGUGGCAGUGUCGGCGCCCGGGGUUUUGGAGCUGAGGGUUACCCGGGAGACCUCUGACCGGCAUGGUUUGCUGAACUCGGUGUUUCCACCUCGACACCGAUGUGCCGCGUCCAACGGCACAUCUCUUCCCGAAUCGGUGGACAACUGCCCCGUCCUUCAGCUAGCCGAGACCAUCCGCCUCACAUGCGGCUGCUAUUGGCUGAGUCUGCCCGUUACCACCAACGACACCGGUACGCCCAUCUGCUCCCCUCUGCAGGUGUUCAGCUGCGCGAUCCCGCUGCAGAUGAAUCAGUCCAGAAGUGGCUGUCACUCCGCCUGUCGAGAGGACGAUUUUCAGACGGACGUCAUCGUCAACAAACUCAGCCCCAUGGCUGAGGCGAUCGGGAUGAGACGCGGCGUCCCCCCAGACGGCCUGCUGUUUCUGAAGGUGUAUUUCAAGACGCUGCAGUACCGCCUGGUGCGACACUGGUGUCAGACGGGCUCCGAACUGCUGGCUGAGCUCGGCGGACACAUGGGAAUCUUCCUCGGCGUCAGUGUGGUCACUCUCUGUGAGGCGGUGGCGGCCAUCGGAAGCUGUGUCGCAGGCGUCUGUCGAACACGACGCGUCGAUAGCGAUGAAGACGUGCGGCAGCGGCAGGGCGGCAGCGGUGAGCGCGGCGCGGAGCCGUGGGGGACGAAGACGCACGCGAUGCACCUUGCUUUCAGGGCGUAUAGUCCGUCCGGUGAGCUGGUACCAAUGGCCGCGGCGUACUACCCUCCUCCGCCGGAGAAAAUCGUGCGGUCGUCUCUUCAGAAUUAGAUCAUGCAUAUUUUUCUGAUAGGAAAAUAAUGCAGUCAAAGGUAUGUUCAAAAGUAGAUCAAAUAUUUGUUAUCAAAUGUAAUAAAUACCUGCUGCUCAGCGUCAAACAUCUUGAUUGAGUUGCUACUAACGCGUAACUUGGAAUGUUUUAUGGUUUAUGGCACUGUUUUUUUUUUGUCGCACCUACUGAAAGGCUCUUUUCUUUAAUAAACAAUGUGCAAAAAAUGUGCGGGUCUAUCCCUGCAAGUAUUGUUUAAAAGCGCUCAUUUGCGACACUCGAAUGGCUGUUCGUUCACUUUUAAAUACAUAUGUUCAUUUUUGUU